GCAACUAGAAACAGAAGGAUGAAAGCAUGGAAUUUCCAUGGAAUUUGAAUAAGAUUCUCUAAACCGCAGAGCAGGUUGCUUGCGGUGGAGCCUACUCAAAUGAGGCCAAUCAGGCUCCCCGAAGUUACGAUCGGAAUUUCGGGCUCGCUGGAGAUAUGCUCCCGUGGAAUUCACGGCGUUAUAAAACGCGCCCUUAUCAUAGGAAACGGCUUCGCCGGCGCCGAGAAUCAGUGCAUCGGUUUGGUUCGUGGUCUUGGCCUCUCAGGUCGCCAUUCUCUUUACCGUGUUAGUAGACCUAGAGGAGGGAUUAACGAGUGGCUUCACUGGAUUCCAGUUUCUCUACACAAAAAAUUAGAGUACUUGUUCAUGAGGAUUCACGGAAGCUUGCGACUUCGAAUACCGGCUAAAGGGCACAAAGUAAAUCCCUUUCCGUUUGGGCAAAAUGGCAUAGCUGAUAUUUUAGAGGCUGAUGCAAAGCACAUUGCAAAUAUGGCUCGUGAUAAUUUCGAUAAGGAUGGUCCGUUGCUGGUGGUAGCAUCUGGCAGGGAUACCAUUUAUAUUUCAAGCACCAUAAAGUGUUUAGCUCCAGAAAGUGUUUUUGUUGUACAGAUUCAACAUCCUAGGACACAUCUGAAUAGGUUUGAUUUGGUUAUAACUCCUCGUCAUGAUUAUUACCCAUUGACACCUCAUGGACAGGAGCAAAUUCCAUGGUUUUUACGAAGGUGGAUUACUCCACGUGAACCACCUGGUAGGAAUGUGGUUCUCACUGUUGGAGCUCUUCACCAAGCUGAUUCUGCAGCACUAAAGAAAGCUGCUUCUGCCUGGCACGAUGAGUUGGCACUGCUUCCCAAACCUUUGGUUGUGGUUAACAUCGGAGGCCCUUCAAGAAAUUGUCGUUAUGACGUUGAUCUUGCUAAUCAGUUAGCAUGUAUGUUACAAAAUGUCCUUUCGAGUUGUGGAAGUGUGAGAAUAUCAUUCUCUAGACGAACUCCUGAGAAGGUGUCCAAAGUUUUUGUUAAAGAAUUAAGUACUAAUCCGAAAGUGUACAUUUGGAAUGGUGAAGGCCUAAAUCCACACCUGGGGCAUCUAGCUUGGGCUGAUGCUUUUGUAAUCACAGCUGAUUCUGUCAGUAUGUUGAGUGAGGCUUGCACUACAGGCAAGCCUGUUUAUGUAAUUGGGGCUGAACGGUGUACAUGGAAGUUUGCGGAGUUCCAGAAGUCUUUACAGGAACGAGGAGCGGCUCGACCAUUGACCGGGAAAGAGGAUAUGUCCCAAAGCUGGAGCUAUCCUCCUCUUAAUGACACUGCAGAAGCUGCCCAUGGGGUAAAUGUGGCACUAUCUGAACGUGGAUGGAGUAUACUUACAUAGUGGCCUUACAAAGUUCUCGCUCAGUCUUUUAAAUUCUUUCUCUUCUUUUUCAUCUUCUUCACAAGAGUUUUCCCAGUUUUGUCUAGAAUAGGUAUUUUUGUAUGGAUUGAAAGGCUUAAGAGUAGACACCAGCAGAACAGUGUCUACUGUCUAUUGUAUGUAUAAUAGAUGAGAUAGGUUUUGUUCUUUUCCUCUACCUAAAAAUAGAAGAAGAAAAAGUUGAGAAAGGGUUUUUACAUACAUAAAAGUAAUUUAAAGCUAUGUUGCCUUAUUGAAGUGGUCCCAAAUGUUGCAGUACAUAAAAGAAACCUAAAAUCAAAUCUCUCUUUAGUGCUAUUGAAUUCUCCCUUCCCGUGUGGAGCGGUGAGUUGUGUAAUCUUUCUCUAUUUAUAAUUUGAGUUUAGCAACACUGGUUCUUUUUUUUU